UCUGGGAAGGAGUUAUACGCUGACCUUCAGCCUGUCAGUCCUGUUAGAAUGGUUGCAGAGCCUGGCAAAGAGGGUCUGGAAGCCAGUAGAUCGGUUACCACAUCAGGAUCCCCGCAACAAGCCCAUUACGGCCAGAGGCAACCAGCUAUAGCCCAGAGAAAGCUGGACCUGCUCCCCACCCUCCCUUUGGAGAGAGAGGACUACAGUGGCGUAGAGAACUCAUGGGAAGAAACAGAAGCAGGGGCAAGACCUGGACCUGCAAGAAGAACAGGAACAGGCGGAAAGUUUGCCUGGGACAGAUCGGGCAGUGUCGCUGCAGGGUUUCUGAAAAAUGAAGAGCAGCAAGGCCUCCCUCGGGGUGCAGGCAGACUAGCAACCAUUGCCGAUUCUAUUCGGAGAGAAAGGUCCUUUAUGGGAGACCCUUGGGAUGACAGCUAUGGUGUAAAAGCGGAAGAGGUUCGCUUGAUGGAGUCAUGGUUGGAUCAAAUGUUGGCGGGGGGAUUGAAACGGCCAGGGAAGCCAAAGGUCGGGACAACAACUGGAGCAGAUGACGCUAGACUAUUGUCAGGAUCCGACAAGGAGGAACUGGAUGGACGGAGGCUUGAAGGAGGUCUCAAGAGCACAGGCCUCGACAGACCCUCCCUUGCAAAGGUGAUGACUAAUCCAACGGCCAUAGACGAUUUAUAUCGAGCCAUGUGCAUCCAUGUGAAAGGUUUGCACGACUUCGUUACUGGAUUGAGGGCCACCUUCUCGGACGAAAUGUGGCAGACAAGAGAGGAGGUAGUGAGCAAGGUCAUGGCCUCAUUUCAUCUCCUGGUGGGACAGACACUACAAAUGUCCGCAGAGAAGAAAGGGUUAGGUUGGGGAGAAGAAGGAGAGGUGAAGGACGAAGAUUGGGAGAAAAUGUUCCCUAUUGACAAUGCAGUAGGAGACAGCAGGCGCGCCCUAAGAAGCCGCGGGAGAUGGGAAGUCCGCGCAUUGAUGGCUUGGAAGAUGUUGGAGAAGGAGAAGGAGCAGACGCAGAAGGAUGCACGUGCCAAAGAGGAAAUGCAGAAGGAGAUAGCACUUCUGAAGAUGCAAGUCCAGGAGCUUCGAGGGGAGAAGGACAAGGCAGUUGAGGGGAGCAAAGCUGCUGCAGCAAAGCUGGAGACGUUACAGAAGGAGAGGGAAAAGGAGAAGGAGGCGGAAAAGAAGGAAAGAGAGCGAAAAGCACAAGACGACAAAAUUCGUGCUAAGAAAAAUGCAGACGAGAAAACGGCAGCAUUUUCACCAGAGAUGGAUGCUCAGAAACAGGCAGGACAACACAACACCAUCAAGCCCCCCCAAUGCUCUACGCACUGUUUGUUCUUGACUAUUGUCUAAGGUGUCAUUAUCUAUUGCCUACUGUCUAUAUGCCCUGUCAGUGACUAUUGCUUAAGGUGUCAUUAUCUAUUGUCUACUGUCUA